UGUAAUCGAUUCAAUCGAUAUCGGUGUAUCAACGAUCUUUGCAAUCCGAUUCGAUAUCGAUUCCAUUUUUGAAAUAUCGGGUAUCGAAUGCAAACAGUUUUCAAAAAAAAAAAAUCCAAAACGAAAACGGAAAUCAACGCCAAAAUUACCUCCCCGUGUAUGUGACGAAUGCUGCCGAAUUUCGUUGUGAUCUCGCAUGUCUACUAAGGCGUAGGAAAGACCCCGAAUUCAGAAUUUAUAAUAGAAAAAUGCCAAGAAAUUUUUAGUUAGUGUUUCUUUGUGCAAAUUUUGAUUACAAAAUGUUAAACUUUAAUAAAUAUUCAAGUUUUAAACACUAUAAUUUGCCAAUUAAACCCCCGGUUAGUUGGAACGUAAAGGACGGCAUUUAGCCUAAACCUUAACUACGUAAUAAUAACAACAACAACAACAACAAAAUCAUGGCUUUAAGAAAGAAAACAAGCGACGUGUGGAAUCACUUCACGUUUGCGGGAAAGACCCAAGUAAAUUGCAAUAUUUGCAACAAAAUCCUUCCCUACAGCGGUAAUACUACCAACCUGCGAAGCCAUUUAGAUAGAAAACACUGGUCAGUCGUUCAUCGCCCAUCGGUUCAAGUGAGCAAUGAUUCUGUGACAGUCAGUACCAGUAGGUAUACCAGCAGUCAUGUCUCUAUGAAGUCUGAUUUUCCUUCACUACCAAGUCUACCAUCAACGCAAUUAUCAGACCAGAAAGAUCAAGUAACGGUUCAAAUUACAUCCAAACAACUUGAACAAACAACAGUUCCUAGUCUUUUUAACAAACAGAAACCAUUUACUCUCAAUUCUAGUCAAGCAACAACAAUUUCUCAAGGAAUUGCUGAAUAUAUAGUAACGGAUAUGAAGCCAGCCAUUAACUACAGUUGA